GGUGUGUUCACACCGAACGCGAUAGACGCGACCAGAGCGUCAGGUUUACAUGUAAAGUCAAUGGAAAAGCGCGAUGACGCACGAUUGCGGGUCCCACGAAAUUUCAGAAGCAGAUUUGCGUCGCGAAAACGUGUCAAACGCGUGUCAAAGUAGCGCGUCUGGCGCAUUUGACGCGCGAAUAAAAAUACGGCACCUGAAGGACUCUCAGACGUCAGUUUUUGUGUUGCAUUUUGUGCAUUCGCGCGUAUCGCGUCAACUGCUCGAGUUGGAAAAAUCUGAACUCCAGCGUCAAUUCGCGCUGCGACAACCAAUCAGGAGCCUGGUGACGUGGCUCUGACCUAGGUCAAAGGGGCAGGUCCAGCCAAAGCCCUUCGUACUUCAUUCAAUAUGGAGGAAAGGCUAAUCAACGCCGUAGCAAACCACCCGGAGCUGUACGACACCAGCUGCUUUCUGUACCGAGACAGGAAUAAAAAGGACCGAGCUUGGAGGAAGAUAUGUGAAGCUGGCAACCUGAGCCAACUGAUUCUGCAGCAGAGCAUCCCCUGUUGUUUCUCUUGGCUCCCCAGUCCCUCAGCUCCUGCUGCUGCACCCACAGGCCCACAGAGGAGGACAGCUCCGAGGCGGACAAGGGACGGGUCCCAGGACGGUCCAUCACCGGUGGAGCUGGCCAUCCUGGAGUCCCUGAAGAGGCCACGCCAAUCUCCAACGGAGCAUUUCCUCUUCAGCCUUGUUCCUGCUCUGGAGAGCAUGCCGCCUCACAUGAGAGAAUUUGUAAAAUUUCAAAUUUAUAAAUUAGUUUUUGAAAAACCAAAGCACGGCACUGACAUGUGCAUAUAUGCACUCAAGGAAAUAGUCAGUUUGUAUAGGGCUAAAAAUUCAUCUGUCCUCAUGUGUUUCAUUGAUGCCUCUAAGGCUUUUGAUCGAGUGAACCACAGAAAACUUUUUGAUAAAUUGAAGAGACGGGGAGUUCCUCAAUACAUCGUGAGGAUUCUCUCUUACUGGUACGCUCAUCAGAGCAUGCAGGUUAAAUGGGGAAGUAGUAUUUCUGCCCCCUUUGGUGUCAGCAAUGGUGUCAGACAGGGUGGGAUUUUGUCUCCAAUUUUAUUUAAUCUAUAUGUUGAUGAUCUGUCCAUGCAGCUGAGAGCCUGUAACACUGGGUGUAUAUUAGGUAAAACACUGAUAAAUCAUCUUAUGUAUGCAGAUGACCUGGUUGUUUUUAGUCCAAGCAGUGCUGGGUUGCAGGAUCUUCUUAAUGUCUGUACUGAAUAUGGUGUGCAAUAUGACAUAGAGUACAAUGCUGCUAAAAGUGCUGUUUUGAUAUGUAGAACUAAGCAGGAUAAACAGCUAAAUUUCCCUUUGUUUAAACUGGCCCAAAAAACUCUUGAAGUUCAUAAAAAGGUGAAAUACCUCGGUCACUUUAUUACUGAGGAAAUGAAUGAUGAUGAUGACAUUUACAGACAACGAUGUAAGCUCUAUGUGCAGGUAAAUACUAUUGCACGCAAAUUCAGCUUUUGUUCACUUCCAGUUAAAGUGGCUUUGUUUAAAGCGUAUUGCACACCGCUAUAUACUGCCCCCUUGUGGUCAUCCUACAAACAAUGUAGCAUGCAGAAGCUGCAUGUUGCAUAUAAUGAUGCGAUGAGAAUCCUUUGCAGGAUACCUAGAAGUGGUAGUGCCAGUCAGAUGUUUGUAGCUGUGGGUGUUUGGACUUUUAAAGCACUUUUAAGAAAGUUAAUGUACAAUUUUAGAGAACGACUGGAUGGUUCAAGUAACAGUAUAAUUUUAGCACUUACAGAUCCGACACUGAGUGGUUCCCGUUACUCAUCCAGUCUGAGAAAGCACUGGUUAAAGUGUUUGUGUAUUUAUUGAUUUAUUUUAAGUAAUUGUGUUUUAUGUAUAUUAUGGUUUUAUAUUUUUACAAAUUUUUUACAAAUGUUUUAUAUU